AUGUCAUUGGUCAAUGCACGCGUCGUCUGCUCAGGGAAGCCGCCGUCGAAGACCGUAUUGCAGCCGGGGUCGAUGCAGAAACGAGUGCAGACCCUGCUGCUCAGUCCAUCACACGCCGCACUCGUCGACGUCUUGCCGGGUCAGUGUCUCGGAGGACGCAGUCCUGUGUACGAGCGAGCGCUGCUUGCGCUGGCGGCGCUCGGCGUCUCGUGCAUUCUCUUCGUGUGUCUCACGAUCGUGCUCCAAGCGGUGCGUCGCAUACUUGCUGCAGGCAUGCUUGGGUUGGACGCGGCCAGGGUGGCGGCUGCCUGGGCGGCGGCGGACUUUCCGGCAUCAAUUAGCGCCGCGUCAAUCGCUGACCCUACCACAUUCGGCUAG